GGUAACACCACAUACUUAUGGGAAUUUUUACUACAAUUACUACAAAAUCCUGAAACUUGUCCAAGAAUCAUCAAAUGGACUAGUCGUGAAAAGGGAAUAUUUAAGUUAGUAGAUUCGAAGGCUGUCUCAAGGUUAUGGGGUUUACAUAAAAAUAAACCAGAUAUGAACUAUGAAACUAUGGGUAGAGCUAUGAGAUAUUACUACAACAGGGGUAUUUUAAAUAAAGUAGAUGGACAACGAUUAGUUUAUCAGUUUGCUGAAGUUCCUAAGUCUAUUGUGGAACUUGAUUGUUCUUAG